GCUCAUUUCCCUAGUACUCCGAUUCCGAAUUGGAUGAGCUGCUUUCAAAAUUUGUAGCUUUUUAAAAUAAAAUUUCAAGACUUACAGACAAAGGGAAAGGAAAGUGGAUCCACUGGCAAACUGAGCACGGGCCCCAUGUGUUUCAAUGUGCUGGAGGGUAGCAAUCUGCUCCCCGAUUGCAGCAUUGCAAGCCGGGUCCACCUCUUCUCCCUGCUGCAGCACCUCCAGAACCAGGAGCGUCGUCCGGAGGAUGUGAGUGACCAGUUGAGGGAUCGCUACAACGUAUUCCGCCAGGUUCUGCCCAACUACCCGGUACCGGAGCACGCCAGCCACGACACGCGAGGGUACUUUGAGGAGUUCUCCCAGGAACACGAUGCAGUCGCAUUCUGCACGGACCCUGGAUCAUCCGGCGAGGAGACCAGCGAGUCCAGUUUGGAUAGUGACUCCGAGCAGAUCGGAUAGACCGCCAUCAUAUGGGCACAUAAAUUAAAAAAGUGAAAUGAUGUCUGUGAUGGUUGAGUGUCUGGCAAGUGGCGUUAAACGCGGCCAUUAAGUGUUCAACAAUAAAAAAGGAAAAUUCGGCAUAAAA